AACCUGAGACAGCGCUUAACGGGAGACUGUCACUCCGGGAGGAGGAAAGGGCUGAAGAAGGGAAGGGGGCGGGAAGAAAGGAAGACAGAAUCAUCAUACGAGCAGUGAACUGGAGAACUGGGGACCGCGGAGGGGAAGACAAGUGUUCCCGUCCAGAUGAGGUUAAGGAACAUAUGAAAAUAAAUAAGCGAACAUACCGGAAAAUAAAAAGAAAGAAAUAAAAACGCAGCGAGCGUUAUCCAUUGGGAAUUUCCUUGCACCACCUGAGCGCAACGGGCAGAGACGGAAUCGUAAGCUAGAAGCAAGGGGAAAACGAGAGAAAGGACGGGAGCGUUCCUAUCAGUCUGUUCCAAGUCACUGCGAGGUUUCUGUCUGGGAGGAACCAGAAACCGGGCAUGCAGGGUGACAGUGCCGCUUUGAAGAUUCGCACAUGUCGGCACGUUUGAAUCCGCCAUCCCCGCCCUGUGUGGAUUACUGGUCACGUUGAAACAGCCUAGUUAGCGGAUGUUAUUAUAGGCUACUAUAAUAUUAAACGGAAGUGUGGAACGCUACAGAGGAGAACUGAGGAGCAGAGGAUAAAGGUGAAGAUUUUUUAUGGGAUUACAUUGACUCUGUAACGUGGAAUUUCACAGAGUAAUAGAUGUUCGCCAUUAAUUAACUGCUCCAUCAACACGUGCAAGGAUCUGUUUAUUUAUGUCAGAAAUAUAUAAAUUAAAACCGAUUUAGGCCGGGUGACUGACUGAUGACGCCAAUACGGCAAAUCCUUUAUCAUUGUUUUCACACAAAGACAUCGAAAUACAGAGAUUUACAUCUAUAAACUUUUGACUAUACAUGUGGGAUGUUGUCAUUUUGAAACAAGCCCAGUCUUUCUGGCUUAUUGAAACGUACACACAGGUCGAAUCGCGGUUGACAUUAUCUUCAUUGCUCUCUAGUUCUUUAACCUUCUCUACCUGUCUCUGCCUCCCUCUCUCUCUCUCUCUGUUACACACACACAAACGACCGGUUUCUUCAUUCUAAAUUCUGAUCCAAAUAUUCGUACUGAUUACAGCAAACCAUUCAGAGAUUAUCCAUUUUGGCCAAUCGACAAUAAAUUACCUAAAUAAAAAUCAAUCUCAUCCAGCUCUUGCUUCCACCCUCCACGGAACACCCCUCAUCUAAAUACCACCACAACUGUAGCGAUGGAGACCACGAAGCUACCGUCCAGCCCCUCGUCACCAACCACCAGUUUCGCGGUGCCUAGUGCAGAAAAGGUGGACGGUUUUCCCCGGCGGUCGAUGCGCCGAGCCCGGCAGCGCCGCUCACACAGCUCCUCACAGUUCCGUUAUCAGAGCUCUCAGGUCGAGUUGACGGCGCUGCCUCCGCUCAAAGAUGCACCCGUGGCGGAGCUGCACGACCUCUUCUGCAAGAAGCUUCAGCAGUGCUGCGUGGUCUUCGACUUCCUAGACUGUGUUGCCGACCUUAAGGGCAAGGAGAUCAAGAGGGCGGCGCUCACCGAGCUGGUGGAGGGCAUGGCCGCCAGCCGGGGCGUCCUCAUUGAACCACUAUACCCCGAGGCCAUCAAAAUGAUCUCAGUGAACAUCUUCCGCACGCUCCCACCAAGUGAGAACCCCGAGUUUGACCCUGAGGAGGAUGAGCCCACACUGGAGGCCUCCUGGCCACACCUCCAGCUGGUUUACGAAUUCUUCCUGCGCUUCUUGGAGAGCCCAGACUUCCAGCCGUCUAUGGCCAAGCGCUAUGUAGACCAGAAAUUUGUUCUGCAGCUUCUGGAGCUGUUUGACAGUGAGGACCCUCGGGAAAGAGAGUAUCUGAAGACUAUCCUGCACCGCGUCUAUGGCAAACUGCUGGGACUCCGGGCCUACAUCCGCAAGCAGAUCAACAACAUCUUCCUCAAGUUCAUCUAUGAAACUGAGCACUUCAAUGGCAUAGCAGAGCUGCUGGAGAUCUUGGGCAGCAUCAUCAACGGCUUCGCCCUGCCUUUGAAGUCAGAGCACAAGCAGUUCCUGGUGCGAGUGCUGAUCCCCCUCCACACUGCCAAGUCCCUGUCCAUCUUCCAUGCACAGCUGGCGUAUUGUGUGGUGCAGUUUAUGGAGAAGGAUGCCACUGUUACGGAAUAUAUCAUUCGAGGCUUGUUGAAGUACUGGCCCAAGACUUGUACCCAAAAAGAGGUGAUGUUUCUGGGGGAGAUGGAGGAAAUCCUGGAUGUGAUCGAACCCUCACAGUUCAUCCGGAUCCAGGAGGCGCUCUUCAAACAAAUCACUGCCUGCAUCUCCAGCCCACACUUCCAGGUUGCAGAGCGGGCUCUGUACUUCUGGAACAAUGAGUACAUCCUAAGUCUGAUUGAGGAGAACUGCCAGGUCAUCCUGCCCCUGGUCUUUGCCACGCUCUACAGAGUGUCCAAAGAGCACUGGAACCAGACCAUCGUAUCUCUCAUCUACAACGUGCUGAAAACUUUCAUGGAGAUGAACAGCAAGCUCUUUGAUGACCUCACCACCUCUUACAAAGUGGAGAAGCAGAAAGAGCUGAAGAGGGAGCGUGAGCGAGUGGAACUGUGGAGGGGGUUGGAGGAGCUGCAGGAGAGGAGGCUGCAGAUGCUGGAGGAGGCCAUUCGGAACCAGCGGAACCACUGCCUCAGCCUGCCUCAGCCUGACCUAGAAACCAGCAGCACCAACGCCACCUAGAUAACACAGGGCUCCACCUGGAAACAUGUCCUCAUACACUACAUCCAGAGCCCGGAUACACAGCCCAUACCAGAACAAUACACAUACAUAAAGUCAAAUACACACACCCCUACAAUACACAUACAUUCAUAUAUAUGUAUACUCUCUCACAUACAAACACGUACUCAUAUGUACACACUUUUGUAGAAACCGCACACUCAAACCUGCAUUUAUAUACACACUUGCAUUCACAAACACACACCCAAACAUCACCGAUGCCCUUAAGAACUUGCUCUGUUCUCCUGGGUUCAACAUAAGUCUCC